AAAAUACACUUGUGUACUCGCCCCCAAUUCUCUCUACGAGUACGACGCUCUGCAGUGAUCUUCCACUCCGACUUCCUCGUAAUCACUGCACUACAUAACGCUAAACUGUAAUUCCUGCUACUAAUUUUGCAAAUAUAUACUUCCUCUUCGCUGUGUUGUCUGCCUUUUACGUUAUUCAUGGAUAAUUUUUUUUUAGCAAAUCAAUUUUUGAAAUGGUUGUGUGUAGUUGCGUUAAAAGUUGUUCUGGUUAUGUCUUCUUUCCAUUUUCUUUUGCGUAAGAUUAGUGAAAGUUUCUAUAUCUCUACUCUGCAGGUUUGCUGCAAGUAAUUCAUUAUCAUAUAAGGAAUAUAUUUAAUUUCUCAAUGAGAAUCGAUCUUAAGCAUCCAUCAGAUGCAAAUUAUGAAGACAGUGUACUACUGUUCACCGACACUGAAAGAGUUGAAUUGCACAAUGGAUAUAAAGCAACUCUUGCUGCUCCAAGUAGCAUGGAAUUUGAAUCCAAAGAGCAUGCUUUCGAAUUUUACAAAAAAUACGCCAUAUCUGUUGGAUUUUCUGCUAUCAUAAAGGCCAGUCGUCGAUCACGAAUUUCUGGGAAAUUUAUCGACGCAAAAUUUGUGUGUUCUAUGUACGGAAGCAAGCGCGGCACUUGUCCGUCUGAAAAUUCAGAACAUACAGAUGUCGCAGUAGCGAAGAAAAAACGAGGUAGAAUUAACAGAUCGUGGUCAAAAACAGAUUGUAAGGCUUGUAUGCAUGUUAAGAUAAGGCAAGAUGGGAGAUGGGUUAUUAGCAGUUUUAUAGGGGAGCACAACCAUGAUCUUUUAUGUCAAAACAACCUAGAUGCGCCUAAUGCUAUUAGAGUUAGGAGAAAACAGAUGCAGAAUGAGAUCACUGGCUCGCGCUCUAGUGGAUUGCGAUUAAGGUUUCGUGAGGGAGAUGUGCAGGUCAUGCUUGAGUACUUCUCUUGUAUGCAAGAUGAGAAUCCCUACUUCUUCUAUGCAGUGGAUUUGAACAGAGAACAGCGUCUGAAAAAUGUGUUUUGGGUUGAUGCAAAAUCGAGGGUUGAUUACAGGAGCUUUGAUGAUGCAGUGUUAUUUGACACUAUGUAUAUGAAGAAUGAAUCCAAAUUACCUUUUGUUCCGUUUAUCGGCAUGAAUAAUCACUUUCAACCCUUGUUACUUGGAUGUGCAUUUGUUUCUGAAGAGAGCAAAUCUAGUUAUGUUUGGCUGAUUCGUGCUUGGGUUAAGUCAAUGCAUGGUCAAGCUCCAAGAGUUAUAUUGACUGAUCAAGACUCAGUACUGAAAGAAGCCAUAGCUGAAGUUCUUCCGGGUUCUCGUCAUUGUUUUUGUUUGUGGCACAUAUUGGGUAAGAUGGAGGAAAAGUUAGGCUAUGUGAUAAGGCAGCAUGAAAACUUUGUAAAUAAAUUUUAUAAGUGCAUAUUGAAGUCACAAACUGAAACACGAUUCGAAAAACGAUGGUGGAAAUUGGUGGAUCGGUUUGACUUGGGAACUGACAAGUGGAUUCAGUCCUUGUACGAUGACCGCAUAAGAUGGGUUCCGACAUUUAUGAAAGAUUUAUUUUUGGCUGGGCUGUCUUCGACACAGCGUCCGGAAAGUGUUACUUCUCUUUUAGAUAAAAGCUUACUGCGAAAAACUAGUGUGAAAGAGUUUCUGCACCAGUAUAAUAUAACGUUACAGGAGAAGUACGAAGACGAAGCUAAACAAGAUUUCGAUUCUUGGCAUAGGCAACGGAUUGAAUCUCCCUCGCCUUACGGAAAACAAAUGUCAACAAUAUAUACCCAUGCCGUAUUCAAGAAAUUCCAAGUUGAGGUUUUGGGAGUGGUUGCUUGUCACCCGAAAUUAGAAGGCAAAGAUGGAACCACAACAUUCAAGGUUCAAGACUUUGAAGAAAAUCGAGCAUAUAAUGUGACAUGGAAUGAAAAGACAUCCGAUUCAUCUUGUAUGUGCUUCUUGUUUGAGUACAAUGGUUUCCUUUGUCGACAUGUGAUGAUUGUUCUCCAAAUUUCUGGUGUGAAUAACAUCCCAGCUAAGUACAUCUUGAAACGGUGGACAAAGGAUGCGAAGAAUGGAGAUUCGAUGAAACAAGUUGACUCGGCCGGCUCCAAGAAUCUGCGCUAUACGGACUUGUGCCAGCUUGCUUGUAAAGUAGGCGAUGAAGGGUCGUUAUGCCAAGAGACCUUUAUCAUUGCUUCUACUGCCCUGGAAGAGGCUAUCAGAAAGUGUGAGAGCAUUAACAGUUCACUUCAACCUCUUUUAGGGGCCAUUUCUCCCUCAAAUGACGUUCUUCGUGAAUUUGAAGAAGUGACUCGAGCUAGGCUUACUAGCAAAACUAAAAAAGAGGGCAUCAGGAAAGAAAAGGAAGCAACGACUGCGGUGAUGCAUUGCUGGGAUCAAAUGGGAUAUUUGAAUGUUCGAUCAUCAACUCUUGAUUUUUCUCAUGGAUCACAAGAAAAUGCAAGAGGGAUAAUAGGACAACAAUUGAACUCAACAGCUCCAUGUAGCGAUGUUCAUCCUGCCAGUUUGGAAAGGUUGUAUCAAAUGGGGCAAUUGCAAUUUAUAUCACAAAAUGUUCAGAGUUCUUUACUUGUCCAGCCUAAUAUGCAGGUGAGGAGGUAGACAUUAAUAAAAUCCCUCUUCGAUAAUUCUGGGUAGAUUCAGGCAGGAGCUCACUCUCUAUGUCGAAGGACCGGGUUUAAGGGCGGAGUUGAAACGAAAAUAAGUGAAGUUGAUAAUACUGAAGCCAUGGCUGGUACUAGUGCGAGGGAGAUGCCAGAAG